CACGGACAGCGCCCUGUUGUCGAAGUCUGUGAGCCUCAAGAGUGGCGAUGGAGCUUCGAAGGCGUGAAGCGAUUGGGAACCCUGCGAGCGUGGGUUUCGGUGCCACCACGUUGAACGUCUCUUAGAUUCAGAGCACACCCUACCUAGACUUCCGAGCUAUCGACCCAUCAAAGCAAUUCUGCAAUUCUUAAAUGAGAAUCUGGGAUUCUUUCCUGUGCGAGGAGACCCAGCCAGACGGACUCUGCUCGUAGCGCGGGGUGUUAGCCGAUUGUCCCAGGCCGUGUAUUGAAUGGGGGGCGUGGGCAUUUGUCCGGACAUGGUUUCUGCAAUUUCACACAGCCCCAGCUUCUCCUCUUGUAACAAUGCUGUAAUAAAAUCGUCCCGCUUUCAUUCGCGUAGGUCGCUUCCUUUGCCGCGCGGACUCGCUGAAUUCUCGUCUCAAAGUUCUUUGUACGUCAGGAGAAGCGACAGAUUGGAAUUGGCUUGUAGGGGCGGUGGCGCGCGAGGUGUGAAAUUGAAUGGGAAACUAGUGAGAGUCGUCUGCGCUAAGGGUAGCGACAAUGGACCUCCUCGGCCUGAAUACAGCUCUGACGCAAAAAUUCGAAGCGAGGUCAUUGCCCCAUUUCGUGCGCUUCGGAUGUUUUUCUAUGGCGCGUUUAUGGCAAGUGGGGGUGUUGGUGGUCUGAUCGCCAUUACUCGUCUAAUUGCAGCUUUGAACAACGCACCAGGUUCAGGGGAUCCCAUUGAGAUCGCCAAGGGAAUAGCAAUUGACUUCGGAGCAGUACUUAUCUUUGCAUUGCUGUACAGGUCAGACUCGAAGGCGAGAGAUAAAUCAUUAGCCAAGAUUGCCAGGGAAGAGAAUUUAUCGAAUUUGCGACUUGAACUAAGCAAUAGAAGAGUAGUGACCAUUGGGGAACUGCGAGGAACUGCUCGCCUUGUCAUUCUUGCUGGUCCAGGUUCCUACAUUGAGGAAGCAUUCAAACAAAGCGAGCCUUACAAGCAGGAACUUCUUGAUCGUGGGGUGCUGGUGGCUGCGUAUGCAACAGAUGGGGCCUCUUUUGCAGAUUAUAGCUCUGUCUCAUCCAGUAACAAACAAGAUUCAAGCGAGUCAAACCAAUCGGUUGCUGUAGCUGACCUUGAGAAAAAAUGGAGAGCAACACCGAUUUAUACAUCGGAAUGGGGGAGGUGGAUAGAUGAUCAGAAGAAACUCGCGAACGUUCCACCUGACCAACCAGUAUAUGUAUCCUUACGAUUAGAUGGAAGGGUCCGUGGAAGUGGAAUCGGCAUUCCUUCUUGGAAAGCUAUGUCUGUGCAGUUACCACCCAUCAAGGGUAUUUGGGGGGGUGUUUUUGACGGCAUGGAUGGCAGAGUCUAACUCGAACUUCGGCAAACCAAUACGUCUUUCGUCUCUUUCAAACGUAACAGAUAGUCAAGAAAACCAGAAGCAGAGAGGAACUCUGUACUCAUUGUAUGAGAAACUGUGAGCUACAUUGCUGUGCAAAUGGAUUCUCUCAUUGAUCUUUGGUUGUGGUUC